AUGUCGGUGCGUGUGUCCGUGUCCGUGUCCGUGUCCGCGCCGGCGGGAGACGCGGGGGAGGGUGGAUCGGGGCGGCGGCGUCGUUGGGGAUCGGGAGCGGGACCGGAACCGGGAUCGGGACUGGGAUCAGGGCUGGGGGGGCGACACCGGGCUGGGCCCCCGGGCGGCGGGAGCGGUGCGGCCCCGGGGAGCUGCGCGGUGCUCGGGGGGGUCCGGUGCGGCGGGAGCUGCCGGUGCGGUGGGAGCGUCCGGUGCGGCGGCCGGAGGGCGCUGGUGGGUCUCGGCGUACGGGCCGGGCUCGGCGGGGCUCCCGUGCCCGGAGAGGGGAGGGAGGGAAGGGAGGAGGGAGGCGGCCGCCGCCACCGGGGCCGGCCCUUCUCGGUGGCCAUUCUCCACCGCUGCUCGCCCGGGGCAGGGACCGGCUGCCACGUCCCGGCUGGUUCCCGGUGCCCCGGGGCGGCCGUGCCCGGUACAGCCCGCUGGCCGCCGUUCAAGACAAACAGGGCCGGGACGCCCGGGUCGGUCCCAGCUUUGUCGCAGGUCGCUGCACCGGGAAGGGCGGGCUCGGGGCGGCCUCGGCAGGGCCACGCACCGGGCACCAGGACAUUGGGCACCGGGACAACGGGAACCCAACACCGGGAGCCCAGCGCCCUGCACCAGGAUUCGGGCACCGGGCACCCGGGACGCUGGGGCACCGGGAACCCAGCACGGGCCGUUCCCACGGGGGCCAUGGGUGCAGUGGCAGAACUGGGACUUGUGCUCUGCAUUCCCCAGGGUGGUGCAGGGGACAUCAGGACCCCCCACUCCUUGUUCACCCCCGUGGACACCAGGGCCCCUCUGGGGGUGUCGGGGUGGGUGACCAAGCGCUGACCCCUCCUCGGUGC